CACAACUGCUCGUUCAUCAGCCUUGUCAUAACUAGACUGGACUACUGUAACGCUCUCAUUGCAGGCCUUCCUGCAUGUGCUAUUAGACCUCUCCAAAUGAUCCAGAAUGCAGCAGCACUUCUGGUCUUUAAUGAACCUAAGAGAGCACAUGUUACACCACUUUUUGUCUCUCUCCACUCUCUGUCUAUCUAUCUAUUCACUGUCUGUCUCUUUGUCUAUCUAUCUGUCUGUCUGUCUAUCUGUCUGUCUAUGUAUGUAUGUAUGUAUGUAUCCUAUCUAUCUAUCUAUCUAUCUAUCUAUCUAUCUAUCUAUCUAUCUAUCUAUCUAUCUAUCUAUCUAUCUAUCUAUCUAUCUAUCUAUCUAUCUGUCUAUCUUUCUGUCUAUCUAUAUGUCUAUCUAUAUGUCUAUCUAUAUGUCUGUCUUUUCUUUCUAUCUAUCUGUCUGUCAGUCUGUCUUUGUGUCUGUCUGUCUUAUCUAUCUAUCUGUCUGUCUGUCUAUCUGUCUUUUCUAUCUAUCUCUGUCUGUUUGUCUAUCUGUCUGUCUAUGUAUGUAUUCUAUCUAUCUGUCUGUCUGUCUGUCUGUCUGUCUGUCUGUCUAUAUGUCUGUCUGUCUGUCUAUCUAUAUGUCUGUCUUUUCUUUCUAUCUAUCUGUCUUAUCUAUCUAUCUAUCUGUCUGUCUGUCUGUCUGUCUGUCUGUCUGUCUGUCUAUCUAUAUGUCUGUCUUUUCUUUCUAUCUAUCUGUCUUAUCUAUCUAUCUAUCUGUCUGUCUGUCUGUCUGUCUGUCUGUCUAUCUAUAUGUCUGUCUUUUCUUUCUAUCUAUCUGUCUGUCUGUCUGUCUGUCUGUCUGUCUAUAUGUCUGUCUUUUCUUUCUAUCUAUCUGUCUUAUCUAUCUAUCUAUCUGUCUGUCUGUCUGUCUGUCUGUCUGUCUGUCUAUCUAUAUGUCUGUCUUUUCUUUCUAUCUAUCUGUCUUAUCUAUCUAUCAAUUCAAUUCAAUUCAAUUCAAAGGGGCUUUAUUGGCAUGAAUGUAAACAAUACAAUAUUGCCAAAGCAGAACUACAUCUUAAUCUAUACAUUUAGUUUAACAAAUUUAACACAUAUAAAAAUAAAUACAGAACAGGUUCAGAACUG